AUGGACGCGUUAAAAUCAGCCGGCAGAGCCAUCAUAAAAAGUCCUGGAGUUCCGCGGCACACAUGGGGAACCGCCAAGCACGAAAAGCUUCCAGAGAACUGGACAGACACGAAGGAGACCCUGCUGGAGGGAAUGGUGUUCAAUGUAAAGUACCUGGGCAUGACGUUGGUUGGUCAACCUAAAGGAGAGGAAAUGGCUGCCGCUGCCAUCCACAGGAUUGUCUCAAUGGCUCGUGCCAGUGCAAAAAAAUUUCGGAAGGUGACCCUCACCGUUUCCCCGAAAGGGAUCAUCAUUACAGACACAGAGACCAGCGAUCUCAUCGAGAAUGUGUCUAUUUACAGAAUCUCCUACUGCACAGCUGAUAAAACUCAGGAUAAAGUCUUUGCCUAUAUCUCACAGAGUGAGUUCAGUGAAACUCUGGAGUGCCACGCCUUCCUCUGCCAAAAGAAGAAAAUUGCCCAGGCAGUCACACUUACAGUAGCACAGGCUUUUAAAGUUGCCUUGGACUUCUGGGAAAUUUCCCAAGAAGAUAAAAGUAAGAAGGCUCGCACAUGCUGUUCCUGUUCAGGCGGUGAUCUUCAUGUGGAAACAAAACCUCACUCUGAUUCAGAGGCUGAGAAAACGCAAGCUGUGUUGGAGUGCAAACUUCCGAAGCCCUUCCUCUCCUCGUCCAUCUUUUCAGUAUCCCCACGCAGCAAGCCUGCCAGAAGACGGCCAGUCAAACACGAUUCCUGGGAUAUGGAAGAAGAAGGCUUCAACACAUUCUCAAGGUAGCAGUAUGGGGGUGGAGGAGACGGACACAGGUAAGUGAGACUGGCAGAUUCCUGCUCCAGAACAGUGUUUAAGGAUGCAGCUGUGAGCCCACUGGAGGAGAACUGACGUCUCAACAGUGAAGAGACCGAUUAA